AGAAAAGUUGAUGCGCAAUUUAGGUCUCCCGUACCAUACAAUUGAUGUGUGUGUUAACAAUUGUAUGAUCUUCUGGAAAGAGGAUGAAAAGUGGGAUAAGUGUCAGUUUUGUGAUGCACCAAGAUGGAAGCCUAGAAACGAACGACGUAGAACCAAAGUGCCAUAUAGUCGUAUGUGGUAUCUACCUAUUGCUGACAGAUUGAAGAGACUUUAUCAGAGCAAGAAGACAGCAGCAGCAAUGAGAUGGCAUGCAGAGCACCAAGCAAAGGAGGGUGAAAUGUCUCAUCCGUCAGAUGCAGCAGAGUGGAAAUACUUUCAAGAUCAACAUCCCGGGUUUGCAGAGGAACCCCGUAAUGUUUAUCUCGGCUUAUGUACGGAUGGAUUCAAUCCAUUUGGGAUGUCUAGUAAUCAUUCGUUGUGGCCAGUGAUCUUGACUCCAUAUAAUCUACCUCCUGGUAUGUGCAUGAAUCCAGAGUAUUUGUUUCUCACAAUUUUGAAUUCUGGGCCAAAUCACCCACGAGCUAGUCUAGAUAUCUUCCUCAAACCUCUAAUUGCGGAGUUAAAAGAGCUGUGGUCUUCUGGAGUUGGAGCAUACGAUGUCUCUUUGAAUCAAAAUUUUAAUCUUAAAGCUGUUCUUCUUUGGACGAUAAGCGACUUUCCAGCAUAUGGGAUGCUUUCAGGAUGGACGACUCAUGGUAGGUUGUCUUGUCCAAUUUGUAUGGAAGAUACAAAGGCUUUUUAUCUGCCGAAUGGAAGGAAGACAUGUUGGUUUGAUUGUCAUCGAAGAUUUCUUCCUCGUGGCCAUCCACUGAGGAAGAACAAAAAGGACUUCUUGAAGGGAAAACAUGCUAUGAAUGAAUUUCCACCUGAAUCUUUGAGUGGUGAGCAAGUUUAUUCUGAGCGGUUAAAAGGUGUCAAUCCACCAAAAACGUCUGAGUGUGGUGGAAAUGGUCACGAUAAGAAGAAACCUGGAUAUGGAAAGACCCAUAACUGGCAUAAGGAAAGCAUAUUCUGGGAGCUGCCGUACUGGAGGGAUCUUAAUCUUCGACAUAAUCUUGAUGUUAUGCAUAUUGAGAAGAAUUUUUUCGACAACAUCAUGAAUACUCUUAUGAGUGUGAAGGGCAAGUCGAAAGACACAAUCAAAUCAAGAUUGGAUAUAAAACUUUUCUGUGAUCGGCAACACUUACAUGUUGAUAGUGAUGGUCAAGCUCCUUUUCCUCCCUACACACUGGAUGAGAACGCAAGAAAAAGUUUAUUGGAAUGUGUGAAAGUAGGGGUAAAAUUUCCAGAUGGUUAUGCUUCCGACUUAGCUAACUGUGUUGAUAUGGAGAAGCGCAAGUUUUCAGGCAUGAAGAGUCAUGACUGCCAUGUGUUUAUGGAGAGGCUACUUCCAUUUAUAUGUGCAGAACUCCUAGACGAGAACGUCCAUCUUGCUUUAUCAGGUACAAAUUAAUUAAUUUUAAAUUUAUGAUAUGGUAUAUUACAAUUCUAAGUGUGUUUAUAAAUUGGAUUAUUAAUGACUUUAAAUUUUAAUAUAUAUAUUGCAGGGAUUGGUUUAUUUUUUCGUGACCUUUGCUCGAGAACUUUGCAAAAAAAUCGCUUAAAAAAACUUAAACAAAAUAUUGUUUUGAUACUCUGCAAUUUGGAAAAGAUCUUUCCACCCUCGUUUUUUGACGUGAUGGAGCACUUGACUAUACAUCUCCCCUAUGAAGCUGAACUAGGAGGUCCCGUGCAAUAUAGGUGGAUGUAUCUCUUUGAAAGAAAUUUUAAGAAGUUGAAAGCGAAUGCAAAGAACAAAAACCAUGCAGCAGGUUCGAUAGUUGAAGCAUAUAUCAAUGCUGAGAUUGCUAAUUUCUCAGAACACUACUUUGCUGACAAUAUACAAACGAAAUCGAGGUAAAUGUUAUAAUCAGUUACAUGUUCACCUUUUCGUGUGUAUUUACAUGUUCUCUUCUAAAAUGUAGAUCUCUUGUCCUUAUAUGGUAGGUUUACAAGAUUUGAAGUAGGUGAAGUCCCUGUAUAUCAUGUCGAAGGAGUACCGGAUAUAUUUACUCAGGUAGGUCGUCCAAGCGGGGAAAUGCAAGAAAUUUGGCUUACCGAAAAAGAUUACCUAUGCGCACAUGCUUAUGUUUUGCGAAAUUGUGAUUAUUUUCAGCCAUUUGAGAGGUAUAUAUAAUUUGACAAAUCCAUACCUUCUCAUAUUUUGAUUUAACAAAUGCAUACCUUCUCAUAUUUUGAUUUUGUUGCUCUAAUAUAGCAUGUUCGAAGAUUUUCUUUCUGUAAAAUAUCCAGACCUUUCCGAAAAAGAACUCUCCGUGAAGAGAGCUGAUGAAUAUCAUAUAUGGGUGAAAGAUUAUGUACGUCUCAGUAUACUAUUAUAAUACUUAAUUUAUGUAUUGUAGAUAGUGUUAAUCUUGUGUAUAUAUAUUUGCAGGUUACUCACUGGAGCGAAACACAUCCUUUUCCUGCUUGGGUUAAAGACAUUGUACAAGGACCCGUGAACAAAGCCAAAACCUGGCCAAUUUAUUUCACUCGAGGUUUUCUGUUUCAUACCCAAACGCAUGGUGAGGGACGAAAGACUUGCAACUAUGGAGUAUGUACUAAAGGAGAGAGUUAUACAAAUGCAGCUGAUGAAUCUCAAUACUACGGGAUCUUAACAAAUAUCAUACAAAUCGAGUACGAGGGGAUAGUCGAUUUGAAAAUCACACUUUUUAAGUGUAAGUGGUAUGAUCCUAUUAUUGGUAGAGGCACACGGCGGAGAAAUGGUGGAAUCGUGGAUGUUCUCUCAUCGAGAAAAUAUUACAAAUAUGAUCCAUUUAUUCUAGCAUCUCAAGCAGAUCAAGUUUGUUAUAUUUCAUAUCCGUAUGUAAGGAAACCGAGGCAGUCUUGGCUUAAUGUUCUAAAAGUGAAUCCGAGGAGAAUCAUUUUUGGAGAAUAUGAAGACAAUGAUCCGGUGACUUUGCAACAAGAAAACGAUGAUGCUGUUUUGAUGACCACAGUCGAAGACCUUGAAGUCGAGCAUUUGGUACAUGCUUCUGGAGAACCGAUCAAUAUUGAUUUCGACGUGGCAGAUGCAGAACCUAAUGAUGAAUUCCGAUGUAAUUUAUCAUCUUCAGAUGAUGAAGAUGGAGAUGACGAUGAAUCGUAUUAAGUUGCUUGUAAUAUUAUAUAAUAUUAUCUUGUAAUAUGAUGUUCUAAACUUCGGUUACUAUGUUGUAAUAUUAUGUUAUUUAGGGUA